AUGCUUGAAGCUGGUUUUUUAGUAUUAUUUAUUGGAGCUUUAUUAUUAUCACAUAAACAAAUUAAAUCAGUUAUCUUACCUCAAAAUUUUAUUUCAAAACCUAAAAACAGUUUAAAAACUAAAGAAAAUGAUGAAUCAGAAUCAAUUUCUAAACCUUCUCCAUUAAUGAUUACACCUGAAGAAGUAGCUAAUUAUGAUGAUAGACCUUGGAGACCAUUUAGAUGGCCAUAUCAUCAAACAAUGUCAAUUUUCAAAUUAGAUAUCAACCACUGGCUAGAUAUGGAUAAAUAUUAUCAACAUUAUAUAAAUGAAAAGAAAAGAAUUAGAAUGAAAUAUGGUAAACAGAAUUUUGAUUGGCUACCUGAAGGUUAUGAUGCUUGUUUUGAAUUAAUGGAAACUGUAACUCAACAUAUGUUAAAUAGAUAUCCAUUAUUAUUUACUUUAUUAAAAGAUGGUAAAGGUAAAGUUGUCAAAAAUGAAGUUACAAAUGAAAUAUUAGAUAUGUCAUUACCAUUGAAACAACAUCCAUUAAUUUAUGUAUCGAAAAUGGCAAAAGAAGAUUUUUAUGUUGUUUUGAAAAAUCCAAAAGAUGGAUUACAUUAUUUAGUUGCUGCUGCUGUACCUUUUCCUGGUGGAUCUUUUGGUAUAGAUUCUAAAAUUGGUAAACAUUUGGAUAUAAUACAUGAAGAUGUUCCAUAUUAUAAAGAAAAAUUACAAAAAUCAAUGGAAAGAUGGUUUAAUAAAAUGAAUGUAAAUGAACCUGUUGAAAGAGCAAGUUGGUAUAUUACAUGGGAUUCACAUUUAAAAGUUAAUAAUAUUUAUCAAAUAGCAAAAUUUAAACCAAAUUUGAAACUUGAAAUGGAAUCAACAGAUCCAAAAGAUUUUAACGUAAGAGUUGAAAGACAAACUUUAAGGAGGUUACCUAAAUCACAAGCUAUUAUUUUCACAAAUCAUCCUGUGUUCUACUCAAUUGAAGAAAUGAAAGAUGAACCAAUGAUUCCAUCGAUUUUAAAAAAAAUCCUUUACGAAGGGCCACAAGAUAUUCUUAAAUAUAAGAAUUUCGAGUUCAUUAGAGAUCAUUUAAGUGACUACCUUGAUAAAUUGAUCAAAAGACAAUAUGAAUUGGCUAUAAUUAAUGAAGAAACUCCAUUAAAAACUCAACCAAAUUAUCCAUUUGCACAUUGGGUUAAAACUGAUUUUGAUCAAUUAAAAGGUUGGAAUAACCCUAGUGAUAGUUACAGCAAACAACAUAUGAAGACACAUGGAUUUAAUAAAGAGAAACUAGCAAAUAAUGAGUAG